CAAAAAAGGCAAUCGCUCCUGCGUAGCGUUCUCCUCGGCCGCCUCUCACAUCGGCUGGUGAUCCAGCAGCGCCACCGACGCCGCCGAUGGAGGACGUGUGCGAGGGCAAGGAAUUCUCCUUCCCCCAGCAGGAGGAGUCCAUCCUCCGCUUCUGGUCAUCCAUCCGCGCCUUCGAGACCCAGCUCAAGCGCACCGAAUUGAUGCCGGAGUACAUAUUCUACGAUGGCCCGCCUUUCGCCACCGGCCUUCCCCACUACGGCCACAUCCUCGCCGGCACCAUCAAGGACGUCGUCACCCGCUACCAGUCCAUGAACGGGCACCACGUCACCCGCCGCUUCGGCUGGGACUGCCACGGCCUUCCCGUCGAGUUCGAGAUCGACACCAAGCUUGGAAUCCGCACCCGCGACGACGUCCUCGCCAUGGGUAUCGCCAACUACAAUGAGGAGUGCCGCGCCAUCGUCACCCGGUACGUGAACGAGUGGGAAGAGGUGAUCACACGCACGGGCAGGUGGAUCGACUUCAAGAACGACUACAAGACGAUGGACCUCAAGUUCAUGGAGUCGGUGUGGUGGGUGUUCGCGCAGCUGUGGAAGAAGGAGCUGGUGUACCGUGGGUUUAAGGUCAUGCCUUACAGCACUGGGUGCAAGACUCCGCUCUCAAACUUCGAAGCUGGGCUAAAUUACAAGGAUGUCUCGGACCCUGCAAUCAUGGUGUCAUUUCCGAUAGUUGGUGAUCCUCAUAAUGCAGCUCUUGUGGCUUGGACGACAACUCCAUGGACACUUCCAAGUAAUCUCGCUCUCUGCGUCAAUGCUGAUUUCGUCUACGUGAAGGUCAGAGAGAAGUCUUCAGGAGCAACUUAUGUUGUUGCAGAAUCCCGGUUGUCCCAGUUACCUAGCAAAAAAUCUAAGUCAGAAUCAGGUGGAGCAGUUGUGUCUGCACAGGAUGCAUCACUGCCCAACUCCAAGAGUAAGGGAACCACAAACAGCAAAGCUAAGAGUGGAGUUGAUGCUGGAUCCUAUCAGUUGAUGGAGAAAAUAACUGGCGCUUCAUUGGUUGGAUUAAGAUACGUUCCUCUGUUUGAUUACUUCAUGAAUUGUUCGGAGACAGCAUUUAGGGUAGUAUCAGACAAUUAUGUUACUGAUGACAGUGGAACUGGGGUUGUUCACUGUGCACCUGCCUUCGGUGAAGAUGAUUACCGUGUUUGUGUUGCUUCUGGUAUAAUGAAGGAUGUGGAUCUGUUUGUGCCAGUUGAUGCUGAUGGCUGCUUUACUAAGGAGAUAACUGACUUCUGUGGCCGCUAUGUUAAGGAUGCUGAUAAGGAUAUUAUAAAUGCUGUUAAGGUGAAAGGCAGACUUGUAAGUAAUGGAAGUAUCAUGCAUUCUUACCCUUUUUGUUGGAGAUCAGAAACCCCUCUUUUAUAUAGGGCUGUUCCUAGUUGGUUUGUUGCUGUCGAAAAAAUUAAAUCGCAGCUGCUCGAAAGUAACAAACAAACAUAUUGGGUUCCAGAAUAUGUCAAGGAAAAAAGAUUUCAUAAUUGGCUCGAAAAUGCUAGAGAUUGGGCUGUUAGUCGAAGCAGAUUCUGGGGCACUCCUCUUCCUGUUUGGACUAGUGAGGAUGGCAAAGAGAAGAGAGUUAUUGGUUCCAUUGAAGAACUUGAGACGCUAUCUGGUGCUAAGGUCACUGAUCUACAUCGACACAAUAUUGAUCAUAUAACCAUUCCUUCUGAACAUGGAUCAGAGUUUGGUGUUCUUCGCCGUGUUGAUGAUGUAUUUGACUGCUGGUUUGAGAGUGGGUCAAUGCCAUAUGCAUAUAUUCAUUAUCCUUUUGAGAAUGUUGAAGUCUUUGAAAAGAACUUUCCUGGACACUUCGUGGCUGAGGGCCUUGACCAGACCCGAGGAUGGUUCUAUACGCUCAUGGUUUUGUCUACUGCACUGUUUGAGAAACCAGCAUUUAGGAAUCUCAUUUGCAAUGGUCUUGUGUUGGCUGAGGAUGGGAAGAAAAUGAGUAAACGGUUGAAGAAUUAUCCCUCACCAACUGAAGUGAUAAAUGAUUAUGGAGCGGAUGCAUUGCGAUUAUACCUCAUUAAUUCUCCUGUUGUUCGUGCUGAGCCUUUGCGGUUCAAAAAGGAUGGUGUAUAUGGUGUGGUCAAGGAUGUCUUCCUUCCCUGGUAUAAUGCAUAUAGGUUCCUUGUUCAAAAUGCAAAAAGGCUUGAGGUUGAGGGUUUUGCACCGUUUGUUCCUAUUGAUUGUGAAACUCUUCAGAACUCUUCAAAUGUGCUUGACCAGUGGAUCAACUCUGCUACAGAAAGUUUAGUCCACUUUGUUCGUCAAGAGAUGGAUUCAUAUCGCUUGUAUACGGUUGUACCAUAUCUUCUAAAAUUCAUUGACAACCUUACCAACAUAUAUGUGCGUUUUAAUCGGAAGAGAUUAAAGGGGCGAACCGGAGAAGAAGACUGCAGGAUUUCUCUUUCUACUCUGUACAAUGUGCUUUUAACUACUUGUAAAGUGAUGUCUCCAUUCACACCCUUCUUCACAGAGGUUCUUUAUCAAAACCUGCGAAAAGUCUCUGUUGGAUCUGAGGAAAGCAUUCAUUAUUGUAGCUUUCCUUCAGCAACAGGAAAGAGAGAAGAGCGCAUUGAACGAAGUGUCAUGAGGAUGAUGACUGUCAUUGACCUCGCCCGCAACAUUAGAGAGCGUCAUAGUAAACCCCUCAAGACACCACUAAAGGAGAUGAUAGUUGUUCAUCCUGAUUCAGACUUUCUGGAAGACAUUACUGGAAAACUGAGAGAGUAUGUGUUGGAGGAGCUCAAUAUUAAAUCAGUGGUUCCUUGCAAUGAUCCUUUGAGAUAUGCUUCUCUAAGGGCUGAGCCUGAUUUUAGUAUAUUAGGUAAAAGACUUGGGAAAGCAAUGGGUGCUGUUGCUAAGGAGGUUAAGUCAAUGUCGCAGGCUGAUAUAUUAUUAUUUGAACAAACUGGGGAGGCUACAUUCUCUGGGCAUUGCUUGAAGCAAAAUGAUAUAAAGGUAUUGCGGGAGUUUAAACGACCUGCUGAUGUGACAGAAAAAGAAAUAGAUGCUGCUGGAGAUGGUGAUGUUUUGGUGAUAUUGGAUUUGCGAGCUGAUGAAUCAUUGUUUGAUGCGGGAGUUGCUCGCGAGGUUGUGAACAGAAUUCAGAAAUUGCGGAAGAAAGCUGGAUUAGAACCCACUGAUAUUGUGGAAUUAUACUAUGAAUCUCUUGAGAAAGAUGAAAAGAUCUUGGAAAAGAUUGUGAAUUCCCAGGGUGAGUAUAUCAAAGAUGCUCUUGGUUCUCCUUUACUUCAUAAAAGUUGGGCUCCAUCAGAAGCUGUUAUUUUCUGUCAAGAGGAGUUUCAGGUCCAAUUUUCUCAUGAGGAAAUAACCAGUUUGUCCUUUAUCAUCAUCAUAGCAAAGCCCGCCCUUGUUUUUAAUGCUGAAGCCAUUGUUGCACUAUAUUCAGGAAAUAACAAAUAUGCUGAAAAUUUACAAACAUAUUUGUCAUCGAGAGACCUUUACAAUUUGAAGUCAGAGUUCCAAGCUGGAAACGGAAAGAUCAAGGUAGAUUGCAUUGAGAACCAGCCAUCCGUUGAUUUGGAGCUGGGGAAACAUCUCUUCCUUAGUGUAGCAGAUUUCUACUUGAGCAGGAAGACGGGUUGAGAGGCGAUUUUGUAUAACAUUUUGCUCAUCUUCACUCAAAACACGCAUUUAUUGCCUCAGCAUUUAUCGACGGCUAAGUGGUAUACGAAGAUUACAGGAUAUCUCAAUCCUCUCUUGAGCUUGGCAUUCAAGAAACUUUUACAAAAAAAUUCUAUUUUAAAAAAAUGCUAAUCUGUAGCUCAUUUAUUUUUAUUUGUGUAAUAAUUCUAUCAUUCUUAGUGAGUUUUUGUUUUUGUUGGCAUGACAAUUUAGCUUGGCCUUAUAGCUUCAUGCUUAGUGAGUUUUGAAGUAGCCUGAUGUUUGGUUACUACUUGUAAUGUAAUAUUGUUGGGUUGCAAGUAUCAUAGACAUUAGAAUUGAGGA